AUGGCGGCGGCAGCGGCGACGGCCGCGGCCGGGGCCCCUGGGCCUGUGGUUCCUGCUGCAGCGGCUGGGGUUCCGGGCGCGGGAAGCGCAGCUCCUGGGUCUCAGGGCGUGCUGAUCGGGGAUAGGUUGUACUCCGGGGUGCUUAUCACCUUGGAGAACUGCCUGCUGCCCGACGACAAGCUUCGCUUCACGCCGUCCAUGUCGAGCGGCCUCGACACCGACACGGAGACCGACCUUCGCGUGGUGGGCUGCGAGCUCAUCCAGGCGGCCGGCAUCCUGCUCCGUCUGCCGCAGGUGGCCAUGGCUACCGGGCAGGUGUUAUUCCAGCGGUUCUUUUAUACCAAGUCGUUUGUGAAGUAUUCCAUGGAGCACGUGUCGAUGGCCUGCGUACACCUGGCCUCCAAAAUCGAAGAGGCUCCACGACGUAUCCGGGACGUCAUCAAUGUGUUUCAUCGCCUCCGACACCUGCGAGAGAAAAAGAAACCUGUGCCUCUACUGUUAGAUCAAGAUUAUGUUAACUUAAAAAACCAAAUUAUAAAGGCGGAAAGACGAGUUCUCAAAGAGCUGGGCUUCUGUGUGCACGUGAAGCACCCUCACAAGAUAAUCGUUAUGUACCUUCAGGUGUUAGAGUGUGAGCGUAACCAACACCUGGUCCAGACGUCAUGGAACUACAUGAACGACAGUCUUCGCACAGACGUGUUUGUGAGGUUCCAACCUGAGAGCAUCGCCUGUGCCUGCAUUUACCUUGCUGCCCGUACGCUUGAGAUUCCUCUGCCUAAUCGCCCCCACUGGUUUCUUUUGUUUGGAGCAACUGAAGAAGAAAUCCAGGAGAUCUGCUUAAAAAUUCUGCAGCUGUAUACGCGGAAAAAGGUGGACUUAACACAUCUGGAAAGUGAAGUGGAAAAGAGAAAGCAUGCUAUUGAGGAGGCAAAGGCACAGGCGAAGGGCUUGCUGGCUGGCAGCACGCAGGUUCUGGACAGCACAUCUGGGUUCUCACCCGCCCCUAAGCUUGAAUCCCCCAAAGAAGGCAAGGGGAGUAAGCCCUCUCCGCUUUCUGUGAAGAAUACCAAGAGGAAAGCAGAGGCUUCUAAGAAAGCCAAGGCCGACAGCCCAGUGAAUGGCUUGCCGAAGGGGAGAGAGAGUCGGAGCCGAAGCCGUGAGCAGAGCCCCUCAAGGUCCCAAUCAGGGUCCGCCUCCCCGAAGAGGAGGAAAAGCGACAGUGGGUCGACAUCCAGUGGGUCCAAGUCCCAGAGCCGCUCACGGAGCCGCAGUGACUCACCCCCGAGACAGGUGCGUCCUGGUGUCCCAUACAAGGGCUCCAAGGUGAGGAGCUACACCAAGUCCAGGGACUGCAAAUACCCUGCCCAGAAGCCUCCAAAGUCUCGAAGCCGGAGCUCAUCCCGUUCUCGAAGCCGCUCGCGGGAGCGGGCAGAGAAUCCUGGGAAGUACAAGAAGAAAAGUCAUUACUACCGAGAAGAAAGGCGGGAGCGUUCUCGGUCAUAUGAGCGAACUGGCCGCCGCUAUGAGCGGGACCACCCCGGGCACAGCAGGCACCGCAGGUGA